UAACGAAUUAGACGGAUAAACCGGGAAAAAUUUUCAGGUUUCAUUUCCAAGUAUAACUGCUGGUACAUGUAUUUUAAUGGCGAUUGGAACAACAAAAGUUUGGAAAUCUCUUCUACCCUUUUCUUAUGGCGUCUUUCGGUAUCGCUCCAUGAAUUCGGGAUCUUCAUUGCCAAUGCUUCAGGAAAACAUCAAAGAUGCAGUUGAAGCCAAAUCCUAUCAGAAAAUUCCUGAUCUUCUUACUUCAUUUGAACAAGCACGCCAAAACCCGAAUCCUUUCUCAUUCCUUUCUACAUUUCCACAGGUCCUUAGGACACAAAUAAUUGAUGAGAUUUUGCAAUCUUUUCUCCCGCUCAGACCCCGCUCGAGACCCCAGAUUGCUUAUUCCUGCCUCCUGUCCUACACUCUGCAAAGGCCCGAUCCGCUGCCCCUUUCCCUUGCCAUCCUCCAACAGACUCUUCGCUCGGGUUGUGUGCCUGUCCCCCAAACGCACCUUCUCCUCUCUUCUGCGUGGCUGGACCAUCGACGCAGCCAGUGUCGAUCUGUACAAAAUGUCUUAUUGGAGAUGAAGUCAAUCGGAUAUCAUCCUGACUGUGGCACGUGCAAUUACCUCAUAUCAUCUCUGUGUGCUGUUGAUCAGUUGUCAGAGGCGAUUAAAGUCCUAAAGGGAAUGGCUGGUGCAGAGUGUAUUCCUGAUUCAGAGACUUAUGACAUUGUGAUUAAAACGAUGUGCAAAUUCAGGAGGACUGCUGAGGCACUGGACAUGCUUCAGCAAAUGACGAAGAAAGUCGGAUUGACUCCGAGGCAGGGGACUAUAGUCAAACUGGCGGCAGCGUUGCUGGCAAACAGAGAAAUCUGGAGAGCUGUCGAGAUGAUUGAGUUAUUGGUGAAGGAGGGCCAUGUUGUUGGGUUUGAGAGCUAUGAGUUGGUGGUUGAAGGGAGUUUGGAGUGUGGUGAGUAUAUUUUGGCAGGAAAGGUGGUGAUGGGAAUGACAGAGAAAGGGUUUCUACCGUACAUUGGGGUGAGGCAGAAGCUUGUUGAAAGGUUGGCUGGCAUAGGUGAAUGGAAGCUUGCGUGUGCCGUGCGGCAAAGAUUUGUGGAAUUGCGGUCUUAGUUACUUGUAUCAACUCUGGAGAAUAAUUACAGAAUAUAAGCAGUCAACCAGAAUCCAGAUUUAAUUUCUUCUGCAGCCAACAGAAGCAGGAACAGUUGGAACUUAGUUCUCAAAUGUUUAAAGCUUUGCAACAUGUUUCCCUGUUAAAUUUUUCUGCAGCCAACAGAAGCAGGAACAGUUGAAAAA